AUGGCCAGUGGCAAGGUGCUGUAUUCCAUAGCAGUGGUCGCAUUGGGCUUCAUUUGCUUUGUAGUUGGUGCCAUUGCAGUAGGACUGCCAACAUGGGGGGAAUUCUAUAGUUAUGACUCUGAGAUACAACUCGCUCCUGUAUACUAUGAUUUUGAGAACCGGAACUUCGACAGGGGGUACUUUGGACCAUGGCGCGUUUGCAAGUUGCUGCUUUACAACAGGGAGAAAUGCGGCACAGACGUCUCCAAGUUUCAUCCGUCGACGGCGGUGUACAUAGCCGGCGUGGUGGCGGCCAUAGCCGUGACAGUGUUAGGCGUGUUCUGCGUGCUGUCCGUGCUGCAACUGGCCAUGAUCUCGUCCAAAGAGCGCGUCGGUAUCAAGUACACGCACCUCAUCAUGAUGAAGUUGGCACUCGCUUUGUUAGCCACUUUACUGUCAAUCGCUGCAGCAAGCCUUUUCGCUGUACAGGGCAAUGAUAGAGGUUUCGUCGUAUCGAGGGGAACUGCUUUUUAUGUUCAGAUAGUAAGUAUAGUCGUAAACUGCGUACUGUUCGUUAUGUCGGUGUAUGACGCGUUGUACUCGCGGCGGGCCGGCGGAGACCCCACCAACCCGCUCGCCGCACCAGAAGGCACAACCAUCAACAAUCCUGGGUUCAAAGAUGGAAGAGGUAUAUCAAUGACUGAUGCGUCGGGGAAGCCGUACAGCACAAACGGUCACGGGAGCGUAGCAUCUAUGAACACGACUGCGACUACUCUCACAGGAAUGUCAGACGCCAGUACCAUCACCAGGUCACCCCUCAGGUCUUCGCUGAAGAAGCCGAGACCCAGAGAAGGUGAGCCCGGAGGCCUCGGCAUACAGAACCCUGGCUAUUCAGGACAUUCGCCACCCCUAAAUAGGAAUGGAAGCCAGAAAAAAUACGUAGAAAUUGCAAAACAAAAACUUCAGUGCCACCCAAAUAUUCAAGGCGACAGCACGGCCGUUCCUAGUUCCAAAUCAAUGAUUUGGACAAGCAUAAAGGAGACAAGAAGUUUCAAUACGGGAUAG